CAGCAGCAGUGUAUGGAGGGCUGGCAGGUAUAAAAGGACAUGCAGAAAGGGGGGGACAGCCAUAAAGUUCAGCUGGAGACCAAGAUGGAGAAAACAAGGAUGCUUGUCCUGUCCGCCUGUUUGACCUUCAUGUUGCUGGGCUGCUCUGAGGGUCAAACUGUAACAGAUUGUCCGUCCUGCACAAAUACCACAGGGAUCAGCAAUGACACCACAACACCUGGCACCACAGUACCAACAACACCUAGUAACACCCGAACUUCAGCAGACCCCACACAACCGCCCACUGCCACCACUGCUCAGGUCACCUCCCGCAGGCCUCCAACAACUCCUACCACCACCACCACCACCACCACCGCUGCCUCCACCGCCUCAGAUGUGACCUCUCGCCCCAUAACUGCCAUCACUACAUCACAGCCGCCCACAAACUCCACUGCAGCCACAUCAACAGCUACGACUCACAGUCCCACGACUCGCGGUCUCACGACUUCAGCCGCGACGUCCGUCUCUUUGUUCUGGUCCUGCAGUCAACUACUGGUGCCUGCAGUCUCACUUCUGAUGUGCGGCGCAUUGGGCUGAAACAAAAAUCACAAAUUCAUCUUCCUUUUUCACAGAGCCUCUAAUUUAAUGGCUCUUACUGUGACUGUCUUCAUAUUAUUGCUAUGAAGUGCUUUGUUUGCACAGAGCUCUUUUCCACUUUUAAUCAAGAAUGUUUCACACAAUCUCAAUAAAUUAUACUGUGAAACUAUAUGUUAACCACACAAACAAAUCACCCAUGAUGUUCUGGCUAAUAAAAUGGUGAUUGAAUUGUCUAAA